AACUAAACAACACCAGCAGAGAGAAACACUGAUCUAACACACUACUGUACACCUCUCAGCUGACAACUCUAUUGUUACAAGGAUGCAGGCAGAGGAAUACAAUCGUAGAGGUAAGGAGAUGGUGGAUUACAUCACUAGGUACCUGACCACCAUCAGAGAGAGGAAGGUGACCCCAGGCCCAGAGGUGAAGCCUGGCUAUAUGAGAGAGCUGCUGCCAGACAGCGCCCCCACUGACCCGGAGGACUGGGACUGUAUCUUCAGGGACAUAGAGAAGGUCAUCAUGCCUGGGGUGGUCCACUGGCAGAGCCCCUACAUGCAUGCGUACUAUCCAGCCCUGACCUCCUGGCCCUCCAUGUUAGGAGACAUGUUGGCUGACGCCAUCAACAACAUCGGAUUCACCUGGGCCUCCAGCCCGGCCUGUACAGAGCUGGAGAUGAACGUGAUGGACUGGUUGUGUAAAGCUCUUGGUCUCCCCACCUUCUUCCUCCAUCACCACCCAGACAGCACCGGGGGAGGAAUACUGCAGAGCACAGUGAGUGAGAGUAGUCUGGUAGCUCUGCUAGCUUCCAGGAAGCACAGGAUCCAACAGCUGAAGAGGACAGAUCCAGCAGACAGAGACCUGGACGACUCAGUGGUCAACUCCAGACUGGUGGCCUACGCAUCAGACCAGGCUCACUCCUCAGUGGAGAAGGCAGGUCUGAUCUCCCUGGUGAAGAUCAGGUUCCUCCCUCCAGACGACCACUUCUCCCUGAGAGGAGACACUCUGAAACAGGCCAUCCAGGAGGACAGGAGGAGAGGACUGGUACCUGUCAUGCUGUGUGCCACUCUGGGGACCACGGGGGUGUGUGCCUUCGACGACCUGUCAGAGCUGGGACCAGUGUGUGCAGAGGAAGGUCUGUGGCUGCAUGUGGAUGCAGCGUACGCAGGCUCAGCGUUUCUCUGCCCUGAGCUGAGAGGACCUCUGGGGGGUAUAGAGUACGCUGACUCCUUCGCGUUCAACCCCUCCAAAUGGAUGAUGGUCCACUUCGACUGCACUGCCUUCUGGGUGAAGGACAAGUGCAAGCUCCAACAAACCUUCAGUGUCGACCCUGUCUACCUCAGACACGAAAACUCAGACCAAGCCACCGACUUCAUGCAUUGGCAGAUCCCCCUGAGUCGACGGUUCCGCUCUCUGAAGCUGUGGUUUGUGAUGCGCUGCUUCGGUCUGAAGAACCUUCAGGGACACAUCAGACACGGUGUAGAGAUGGCUAAGCUACUGGAGUCCCUGGUUAGAUGUGACCCUAACUUUGACUUGCCUGCUGAUAGACACCUUGGCUUGGUGGUGUUCUGUCUCAAGGAAGGGAAUGCUCUGACUUAGGAGUUGCUACGGAGAUUGACGCGGUCCCGCACCAUGUACCUUGUCCCCGCCGACAUCGAUGGGAAACGCAUCAUCCGCUUCACCGUGACGUCACAGCUGACCACCUCAGAGGACAUUAUCAGGGACUGGGACAUCAUUCGCAAAAUGGCCGCCGACCUUCUGGCCGAGGAGGCCGAAAAACAGGCGGUCAGUAAAAUGGAGGAGCACCAGUCUUCAGUCAGAAAAACUGUUGAGAAGCUGUCAGAGACAAACAGUGAUUUGGGGAAUCACACAACAACAGCAGCAGAGGGCUUGGCUGCCUCUCUCAUGACUAGGAAACCAAAGGAGAUUGAAAAGGCCAUCAGUGACACAAAGGACGAACCACUGAAAACACCCAAAGAGUUGGAGACCAGCCAGACACAGACCAGCCCCAAGACAGGAUCCAAAGAGCCAGAGGUCGGCCCGACACAGACCAGUCCCAAGACAGGAUCUAAAGAGCUAGAGGCCGACCCGACACAGACCAGCCCCAAGACAGGACCCAGAGAGCUUGGGACCAGCCUGGCGCAGACCAGCCAGGACCCAGAGACAGGAGCCAGAGACGGCCCUGAGGAGAUCCCCUGUACUGCUGCCUUCAGAGUUCAGAGGGUCCAACCACAGCUCCGCUUGGACAGUGAUAAGACUGGAUUUAGACCACAACCACCAUUCUGGAUGGAUAAAGAAAAGUCUGGGUCUGAGAACAGGCCGAGGAGGACAGUACGCUCUCUGAGCUGCAGCAGUGAGCCCUUACCUGGCCCCAUUGGGCCCCUGUUUGGUCAUAACACUGACCCCCUUUCUAAGCCUCUCUCUAGCUCUGUCACGGACUCGCAGCCUGGACAUAAAGACCCAGACCUCAUCCACCCCCUAAAUGACACCCAGGUCAGACGUCUCUCUUCCAGCCCAAGCCCCUCAGGCCUCUUUCAGAUCCCAGAGUGGCCUUCUCCAACCAAUUCCAACCAGCUGGGGAAACGGGUCCUGAGGAAGCUCACCAAGUUCUACAGCUUUCCCAGUUUCUGCCACCUGUGGGUGCAGUGUGGGCGCUACCAGGUGUGCUGCCCUGUCAGGGGACUUCAGAUCGCCCCAAAGCUCAGAUCUCCCCAAAACCCUGGUCCUCCUCUGGGUGUAGGAGACUCCGCUGUUGGUCUUGUUCCUCUGUGACUCCAGUAGAUACCGCUAACUUUCCUGCUCUACUGUAGCCAAGGUUAGCUCCUGGGUCGUAUUCAUUAGGCACAACGUAGCAAAAUGUUUUGCAAUGGAAAAUGAAAAUGAAUGUUUCUUAUUGUACAAGACCACCUUGGUCCAAUCCAUUUUCUUCCAUUUGGUGCCUGAUGCAUACGACCCUGUAGUCUCCCUACCAAAUGUUUCCCACAAACACCUUUGUGGUUUCAGGAUGUAGAGAUGGCAGAGCUCUGAGGUCUUUCAUUUAUUUUAGAUUUUUUAUCAGAUAUCUUUUUUUUUAAGUGACACAGCCACACAUCUCAGAUAGAUAUACUAUAUGUUUUUUUGUAUUUAUUACAAAAUCAAUCUUUAUUUAUUUAUUUACAAAUGUUCCAUACAGUUUUCAAUUUUCACAUUUUUUCUCUAUAG